GACAUCGAGGGUGAGGAGGACAACGUUGACGAGGCCCUCCUCUACACAUUCAGAAACCAGGAGUAUCCGACAGAGACCAACGGAGUGGCGGUCACCAAGGAGGGGUUGAUCUACGCUGCCUGCGGUGACAACAAAGUCCACAUCUGGGACACCGAGACGGAGCAGGAAGUAGGAAGCCUGCAGGGACAUGCCGACUACGUCCACUGUGUCGCGGUCACAAACGACGGGAACCAGGUGAUCUCCGGCGGGGAGGACGGGACCGUGAGGCUCUGGGAUUCCCGAACACGCGAGCCGCGAGCCGUGCUCGACGCUGCGGCGCGUAAGAGCGUGUCGGUGACCGACUUCAAGCCAAAACUGGGCGGCAAUAACUGGGUGUCUUGCGUCGCCCUCGAUGAGUACGACACGUGGAUGGUAUGUGGCUGCACCCACCCCUCUGCUUUGCCUCCUUGCUUGGCUCUUUGCUCACGACACAACACGACGCGAUCACACAAACAACACUCGAAGGUGUGCGGAGGAGGCACCCAUUUUCUGAGCCUGUGGCAUCUGCCUUCGCUGACCUCCAGCACGGUGAUGCCCACCGGUGGCACCCGCAAGCUGCUCUUUUCAACGACAACGAGGUGGGUCAUCCCA